UCACACCAACAUAGAAGAAAAGGAUCCGGUGUUGGUGGGUGUUGUUGUUUUUCCCCUAUUCCUUCAUAUACGCAUUCUCUGUUCACUUGCAUGAGACGCCAUUUUCGAAAACAUAGAAAAAGCUGUUUUCCUUCUCUUUUUUUCUCUCUCUCUAAUUCUCAAAGAUGGUGUCGGACUCGGACCUCGUGACCCGGCUCCAAGAUAUCCUGAGGAAUUCGGACCUUGACACGGCCACCCCUGGCAGUAUUCGCCGGCAACUCCAGGAAUAUUUUGGGGUCGAUUUGUCCGACCGAAAAGCUUUCAUCAGGGAACAAAUCGAUAUUUUCCUUGAAACCCAUAUGGCUAAACCACCCCAAGACGAUGAACCAAAAGAAGAAGAAGAAGAAGAAGAAGAAGAUACUGUACCAGAUGUCCCUGACGAUUCCGAGAAUGUGAAAGAUGAAGAAAUGCUUGAGGUACAAGAACAGGAAAUUGUUGGAGGAGAAGAAGAAGAAGAAGAAGAUGAAGAAGAUGAACGUGAAGGGAAUGAUAAUAAGAAAGCAGGGUCAAACCAGAUUGAAAAAGUUAAGAAAAGAGGAGGCUUUAACAAAUUAUGCAGCCUUUCUCCACAGCUUCAAGAAUUAGUUGGAGAACCACAAAUGGCUAGAACACAGGUAGUGAAGAAACUUUGGGCCUACAUCCGGGAACAUAAUUUGCAGGAUCCUAAGAAUAAGCGAAACAUAAAGUGUGAUGAAUCACUCCAUGCCAUUUUUCGUGUCAACUCAAUUAACAUGUUUCAAAUGAACAAAGCCCUGUCCAAGCACAUUUGGCCACUUGGUGCGGAAGAUGAGCCGAAGGUAAAAGAUGAUGAAAGUAACCAUUCUGAGUCUCAAGGCAGUAAUGGAGAGAAACAAGGGGAAGAAGAUGAUGAAAAAGAUAGCAGUAGACAAGCAAAGAAGAAAAGAGGUUGUGGUAUCUUAUCUAGUUGCGAGGGGGAUCAAAAUACUAAGAGAAGAGGAGGUGGUUUUACCAAAUUGUGUAGCCUUUCCCCACAACUUCAAGCACUCAUUGGAGAGUCUGAAUUGUCGAGACCGGGGGUUGUCAAGCAACUUUGGAAGCAUAUCCGUGACAACAAUUUGCAAGAUCCAAAGAACAAACGGAUUAUAAUAUGUGAUGAGCCACUACGUGCUCUAUUUUACGUUGAUUCUAUCGACAUGUUUCAAAUGAAUAAAGCUCUGACAAAGCACAUAUGGCCAUUAAAUGAUGAAGCUGCUCCAGACAACUCUUCACAAAAGGAGAAGCAGUCUACACAAGAUCAAGAAGAAGAUUCAGAUCAUGAGCCUAAGAAAAAUGAAAAACGGCAGAAGAAAGGAGGUUCCGGUCUUCUUGCUCCCCUUCCACUUUCAGACGCUACGUUUUAGUUCAACCAUCGAAGAAUACCUGAAGCUACAUUUUGAAGUUCUAUGAUAUGGAUGCAUUUGCAAGUGACACUGUUAAUCUGUCUUUAUGAGAACCCUACUUGAAUAUUAUUUCGGAUAAUCUAUUUAUUUGUUUUGUCACACUGUUCUGUUUGUCUCUGAAGGAUCAAUCCGAUAAGAGGAGAAUUUUAUGCGAUGAUAAGCUAAAAGAACUUUCCAAGGUUGACAGCUAUAGGCUUCUCAGUCACGAAGCUUCUGAAUGCUCAUUUCAUCAAGACAGAACAAUAGAAAGAGUUUUAUAUAUAUAUGAUAUGUUUGUAUAUAGUGCGAGCGAGCUUUUGCAAAGUGGCAAAUUUUGCUCCUGAUCUAAACCUCUUUCUCAGUUUAGGAAUUUGUAUCCUGCUAACAUGCCAAGGGAAGGAAGCAAAAUUUUGAUUAAUUUAUUGUUGCUGCAAACUGUUCAGUAAAAGCAUCCUAUAAAGUUUUGUUCUCUUCCUUUGGAACCAAGUUUUGUUUUUACCACUCAUUUAAUGUAUUUAUAUUGGUUAA